CACAGGGGGCAGCAGAGGCGGAGGCCUGGUCCUAGCUGUCCCUAGUGUCCGCUGUUUCCUGGGCCCCGUCCUCAGGGACAGUGGGGGAGAUCGGGGAGGGGCUGCCCCCGUUCCUGUGAGGCCACAGAUGAGGAACCCAUGACGUCUCCCCACUCAUCUCCAGCCGGACUCUGGGCCUGCGCCCCUCACAGCUACUCUGCUCCACAGGGACCAUGGGCGGCGGGGCCCAGACCCCAGCCCUCACUGCCCUCCUCUGCCUGGGGCUGUGCCGGGUGCCAGGGGAUGGGGCACAGGCGGGGACCCUCCCCAAGCCUUCCAUCUGGGCCGACCCAGGCCCCCUGGUCGCCGUAGGAAGCCCUGUGACCCUCUGGUGCCAGGGGUCUCUGCAGGCUGAGGUCUAUCAUAUGUAUACAGAGAGUGGCCGUCAUCCCUGGGAAACGAGGCCCCAGCAGGACUCCAGACACAAGGCCAGCUUCUCCGUGAUCACGUCCAUGAGCUCCCAUGACACAGGGCAGUACUGUUGUGUGUAUUGGACCUCGCUCGGCCACUCCCAGCCCAGUGACCCCCUGACCCUGGUGGUGACGGGGAUGUUCCCGGCGCCCUCCCUGUCGGCCCAGCCAAGCCCCGUGGUGGCGUCAGGAGAGAACGUGUCCCUCUCCUGUGGCUCAGAUGAGGCGGGCACUGCCCAUCUGCUGAAGGAGGGUGGAGCCGGCCCCCUGCACAGCCUGGAAGCCAGAUACUCCCAUGGGGCUGGGCUGUGGCAGGCCACCUUCCUCCUGGGCCCCGUGGACAGCACCCAAAGGGGCAUCUACAGGUGCUACCGUGCUGACACCAACAAGACCCGUGUGUGGUCACUUCCCAGUGACCCCCUGCAGCUGGAGGUGUCAGCCCCAGCACCCCAGGACCACACCCUGGAGAACCUCAUCCGCAUGGGCGUGGCGGGCUUGGUCCUGCUGGGCCUCGGGCUUCUGCUGGCGGAGGCUUGGUACAGCCACAGAAGGACCCGGGCUGCAGGCCGGCAGUGACCUGGAGAGAGCACAGCGCUGGGUCAGAGAGGACGAGCCCUGGGGGCGGGGCAGGGGGGAGCGUGAGCACAGUGGGGAACAGUCUUCCAGCAUUCGGUUGCGGGAACUGUCUGGGGGCAGCAGGGGCUCUUCCUCUAUUCAGCCAUGGACUUCUCCUGCCCUGAGGUGCGAGAGCACCCCCUGCAGACCAAAUGUGCGCCUCGCACUUAGCUCUUUCUUCAUGGAGCCUUUUGCUCUGUUUCUGGUGAAUUCAGUUCCCAGUGCGCAUGCGUGGGAAUCCGCGUUUCAGCCAACAACAGGGAGCUUGCGCCAAGUAACAGAAUAAACGAGCGAAAUAGAUUUCAGGGUGGGCGGGGUCAAUCCAUCUGGGGAGUGAACCAGCAGAUGGAAGACUUUCUCUCUCUCUCUCUCUCUCUCUCUCUCUCUCUCGGUCUGUAUCUAGCUCUGUAACUCUUUCAAAUAAAUAAAAUAUAUGUUUUUAAAAAGUUAAUGGUGUACAACAUUGGUAAUGUACUACAAGUCAGCAAAUAAUACACUUUAAAGGGCUGGUUUUAUGUUAUUUGAAUUUCAGCACACUAAAGAAGGAAACAUGGUUCCUUGGAAUUACCAUCCAAUCCAACAAUUCCUCUCCUGCAUAUAACCACAGGGAUUGAAGCAGGAACCCAAGAAGGUUUUGCAUCCACGGGUUCAUAGCAGCCUCAUUCACAUGAGCCCAAAGAUGCCAGCAACCAGAAGAAGCACAACAGACCCUUUUCAGCGAUAGUGGUCACCAUCCUACUCUGCUACUAUGAGACCAACUUUUCCAACUUCUGCGUGGAAGAGAGAACUUACACUGGAUUCCUGGGAAGGCGUAUUUCACUAAAUGAGUGUGGCUGCUGCUGCGGAUCUGGGGCACCUGGUUCCCAAGGGAGCGUCCUCCUUCUUCCCUGGCACUUUCUGUGUGGAAGGAAGUCUACAUGCAACGGACACCUGAGAAGUAGAGCGCAACGCACCUGCUCCAGCCAUGCCUCCACUGUAGCUCUAAACCAAGGUCAGCCUAGCCCGUGUAUCGAAGGGGGCAUCUGGGACCCCUGCUUUCUGGAGGAGCCCGUCUGUGGUUUCUGGAAGAGAAGUGCAGGGUCUCUGAGUUUCCGGAAGAGGGUGUGCAGGGCUUCCAGAAGAGCGCUCUGGAUUCCUGGGUCUACGGAAGAGCGGCCUGGGGUCUCCGGACGCGAGCCCGAGAUUCCCGGGUUCCUGGAAGAGCACAUUUGAACACUGUAGGACUCCUUAAGAGGGGGCUGGGGUCUCCAGACUCGCGCCCGAGGUUCCCAGGUUUCCGGAAGAGCCCGUCUGGCAUUUCCGGUCCGUCCACCAUUAACCUUCUCUCUACCCGGCAGCUCCUCCUUCAGCCCCACCUGGCCCCUCGAACCCUUGGUAUCAUGCCCGCUUCCUGGUUUUACUUCUCGACGGUGCCAACUCCCUGAGCGCAUGGGCGGCUCCUUGGCUCACCUGUCCGCAACAGUGUGGGACAGAGAGGGGAUCCUGGGGCCCAGACCCCCACCGCUCCCUACUCCUAGCGCAGGUCGGGCACAGGGGAGGAGCUACAGGAGAGGAGACCCUUAGACACCUGCACGCCCGCGUUCCUGCGGUGCAGCUCACAUCACUGUCAUCAUCAACCGAGGCGAAUGGGGCCCGAAGCAAGGCGUCCCACAGUGGAAUAAGACUCGGCCAUAGAAGAGUGAAACCCGGAUGUUUUCAGGAAACCGAGGCACUGCGGAUACUGUGGAAGUGAAACAAGCCAGGCACAGAGGAGAACGUACGUGGGAAGUCAUUCAGGUGUGUGCUGUGAGGGACUUGGGGAGCAGAGUGGUGGUCACCAGGGGAGGGCGUGGGUGCUGGGAUCCACAGUUCAGAGUGCAGAGAUACAGAAUCACGUGGGAGAAGAAAGUCUAGAGGAGUAGUGUGCGUCAUGGCGACUGUAGUUAAUAACGCUCACGGCAUGGGCAGCUGAAAUUGCUUAAAACUGUGUCAGAUGCUCCCAGCACACAAUAAGUCUGUGAGGUAAUGCACACGUUAUCUAGCUUGGGUUAGCUCUUCCACGUGUGUGUGCGUGUCUGUGUUGUGUGUUUGUGUGUUUGAUGUUUACAUGACAAUUAUACAGAAAUACAACUUUUGUAUCAAAGCAACGAUUUCCUUAAAAGGAGAAAGUUUGUUGACCUCUCCUCUUCUCUCUCAGGCUCCUGUGACAAGCCCUGCCUGUUGUGGAUCAGGGUCUGGGGUUAUGUCAGGACAGAACAUUUCCCUGCCAUGUUCUUCCUCCUCCAGCGUCCUCUUGAUAAAGUUCCAGUGCGUCCGGGGGGGAAAUGGCUCCCUGCCACAGCACUGAUGCAAGGGGUCCCGAGGAACCUUGGCUCUGGUCCUGGGAACCCCUGCAUCUCUGCGGUCACCACCUGUGGUGGUAUGAGAAGGCCAUACCAAGAUGGCCACUGGCAAGUGAGCGUCAGUUACUCAGGAAUGGCUUCGGAAGCCUCCUUGGAAGCCACCUGGAAAUGGAGUCUGCCUGGCAACAGGAUGUGAUUGGUUAGGGCAUAAACUGCCCAUUGACUGGAUUGGCUGCCUCGGCUAUAUAAGCUGCUGUACCAACUGAAAUAAACGAGUCUGUGGACUGCUCGCCUCUGGCCUGCUUUCACCUGACUCCUGGGGUCUGUGUGGUAACUCUGUGCCUCUUGCCCCCACCACGCUCCUCCUCUCAGAACAAACCCACAGCAACAGCCACCAUGGCAGCCCCCAGUGGUGCCCUGGAGCUCAUGGUCACAGGUAGGUGCCUCUCAGCCCCUCUGUGUCCUCGGCAGAGGCUCGCAGCUGGCUGUGCAGGGCCCUGUCCACAGCAGGGGUGUGCAGAGCAGCGUAGGAAUGCAGCAGAGGGCACCUGGUCUGGGGCAAGGAUGCAACAAGAAUGGCUUCUUGCCC